UAAUAAAGACUGAAAAACCCCACCCACCAACAAAUUUAAAAUUGCACUACACUCCUUUUUCUCUCCUCCCUCCAUGUGACCAACCUUUUGCACAAAGACAAAAGCAUAAAAAGUUAACCAACUUGAUUUUCAAAUUUGAAGUAUCAAAGAGAAGACCCCUAAACCAGAACCCACAGAGGAGAACAGAAAUAAAAUUGGGUGUUUUGGGUUUUUCUCACUAGUGAAGAAGCCAUGGGAGAAUCAGCUUGUCUCGUGCAACCAUUCUCCUAUGGUUCUGGCAUAGCCAGUGGCGCUAAACAGGGAAAUCCCAUGCAUGCUCUUGGGGACUCGGUAUCUUUUGGGAGGUUCAUGUCAGAGUCCUUAUCAUGGGAAAAGUGGUCUACUUUCUCUCACAAAAGCUACGUGGAGGAGGCCGAGAGGUACGCUCAACCGGGAUCAGUGGCACAAAAGAAAGCUUUCUUUGAAGCUCAUUACAAGAGCAUUGCCGCUAAGAAGGCUGCAGCCUUGCUUGAGCAAGCAAAUGCAGCCAAUAACCACGCGCAACCAGAAUUUGAACAACAAUCUAUUGAUAAUUCGAUGAAGCACUCCAAUGUUGUCCAUGGAAAUGAUGAUAAUUCAAAUGCGGAGCUACAGAAAGCGGAGAAUGGCAAGGUGAAACCAGAAUUUUUGUCUUCGAAUUCAGCUGCUCACCAAAGAGCACCAAGAGUUCCAGCUUCACCUGCCAAACCAGCAGCUCCUAUUCACCCCGGGAGGGAAAAUAAUGCCACUCCACUGACCCGGAAUACUGCAACACACUCCACGGAUAAACUGAAAUUGACUCCAAAGUCUACUCCUGCCAAAGAACAGGAUGGGUCAACUACUCCAGCUGCCCGGAGGAUGGACAGUUCAAGAGUUGCUUCUAGUCCAAAUAACAAAUCUAAAAAUAGCAAAACUCCUCUAAGUACUCCAAUGAAGGCAUCUGCAAAUGGGGUAUUAGUGAAUCCUUCGGCAAUCCCUAGUUCAGAAAGUAAAAGGCCUAGAACACAACUUGACAUCUCAACUCCUGGAAGCAAAACAAGAGCCCCAAAAUGGCACAUCCUAUCUGCCGUUUGUUCAAAGUCCUUCAGUGCCUGCAGAAACAAAUUACAGUCACCAAUUUUAUCCAGUCCUUUCAGCUUGCGGACGGAGGAAAGAGCGGCAAGAAGAAAACAGAAGCUCGAAGAAAAAUUCAAUGCCAAUGAGGGACAAAAAGUGCAGCUGCAGACAAGAUUAAAGGAGAAAGCAGAAACAGAACUAAGAAAAUUACGCCAAAGCCUCUGCUUCAGAGCCCAGCCGCUACCUGAUUUCUAUAAUGAAAGAGAAGCAGCAAAAGAUCAGAUAAAGAACGUCAAGAUUCCAUUGCCACAUCCUAACUCACCCAAGAUAGGAAGAGGAAAGCCAAGUUCCAGCCCAUCGCGAGGUAUAACCUCCCCACCGCCAGAGACAGCUUCAUCUAAGAAAAGCUGCUCCAAGAAUUUCCUGAAAAAAGAAAAGUCAGAUCACAAAUCCGUACUCUUGGCUCCCUGAAAUGAAUACCCAUGAGAAAGCAUCUCCAAAAUAAACGAUAUUGAUUGGCAAAAACGACGACGACUCAUGUAUGUUUAUUGGGAGCUGCAAUACUUCUGAACAUUUUUUUCUGUACAGAAAACUGACAGCUAGUUUGAUAAGGAUGAACUCCAAAUUUGGAUCACCAGAGAGAUGGCUAACCUCAAGUUAGCUGCAUUCUGUGGAAAUAUUCUAAAUUUUCGUUCGUGUGUACCCUUUUCCUUUAACUUUUUUGUGUACUGCUUUUAUCUGCUGAUGGGGUACUUAUCUGCAAGAAGAUGGCAUCCAUGACUAUACCCGAAUAAGGAGUAAAAUUUAAGCAUAAAAUUAUCUCUUGAGAAUUCACUGUCCUGAGAAUUCACAGGGCUUGUAAGCAUAAAAUUUAAGAUGAUUUUUGUACUUACAUUAUAAUAUUCUCUCUUCUUCGAAUA